UACGAGGCGCGACGCGCGCUGUACUAACUUGUUUCUGAUUACAAAAAAAAAAAACAGAAAAAGUACUUCUAGUAGAACUUUCUUUUCUUUUUAGGUGGAAGUAGAAUCGAAAAUAAAAAAAUCGGAAACUAAUACGCGCGAGUCCGUUGGGACUUUAUUUUUCGGAGCUCGUGUUUUCGCUGGAAAUAAGGUGUGUGUAGCGCAGUGGUGCAUUAAAGUGCAAUUGCAGUUUGCUCGUCGGCAAGUGACCGAAGGUGAUACACGUGGACGAGCGCGUGUCAGGUUGCUAAGAUUGAAGAAGGGUGCACGCACGGAAAACAAAAACGAUUGUCAUCGAGUUUGAACUAAAAAUUUUUCAAGCUGGGCGACAGAAGAGGAAAGCAUCGAAGAGUCAGAAUGGCGGACGAAAGCCAGCAAGCUCAACAGCCAACUUCUAAACAUCGCAAAUUUUUGAGCCAUCUGCCGAUCGCCAUCAUAGUUCUCGAAGUGAUAGUGGCCAUUUUUGCAAUCGGCCUGGCGGUCGAUCCGAUGAAUUCGUUCCAACGAAUUUUCAACAGACCGCGUUUCAAGCUGGACGAUGCUGCCACUAUUUAUAUCACGAUUGCAGGCUAUAUUCUUAUCAACACGCUGUUCGUCAUAAGCCACGUACUGGGUGAUCGCAUACCAAAAAGAACGUUGGUGAUGUUCGCGUCCGUUGGUGCGUUUAUGCACGUGGUGGCCGGAAGUUUGAUGAUCCAUAAUUGGCGCAAUAUGAACGGUCCCUACUAUUACGUGCACAACAACGAGAUUCAUCCGAGCAAACAGUACAUGGACAUGCUUGUAUCCGCAGCCGUAUUUACGUUCGUAAAUGCAGCGCUGUUUAUCGCCGAAAUAAUUGCAAUAAUAAGAUAUUCGUCAUGAACAGCACAUUUUCGUAAAAGAUCUGAUAAUCUCAACAUUUGAUUUUAUAGGAGUUGACUCGUGAAUUUCGCCAAAGUUAUGCAUAGUCUGCUUAAAAAAAGACGUAAAAGAUGUUAAAUACUAUUUUUAAACGUUAUUGCAAGCAAUUUCACCAAGUUUCUUCAAGUUUAUAUCGAAAAAUAUUAAAUGGAUGAUUUUUAAUACUUGUAAAUUCUUCAAAUAGGAUUUAACAAAUUUGAAACC